CAAUUAACCGAACCAACCGAAUUUCAAUUGGCUUUAAUCUCAGGUGCGCGCUAUUGAAGCUCUGACCAACGACACUUCCUUCGAAUAUUGAUUCUGUACAUUCAUUUGAAUUGGCGACAGGACGUGAGCGCGUUGGCUUCUUUCCUUGAUCGGUCGUUGUCUUUCUUCAUCUCUAUGGUUCCUUAGUUGGCAUCAGUGCAAUGUCGGUUCGCGUCGUGGCCAGGAUAAGACCUCUCCUCGAGAAGGAGCUCGAGAAGGAUAUCAUCGUUCGACCUCACGGACAAGAAGGGAAACAACCGAAUGUCGUCAAGAUCCCGAGCCCGAAGAAUCCAUCCGAGGAGUUUUCUUUCACCUUCAACAGCGUCUACGAUCUGGAGACUUCACAGGAGACUCUGUUUACAUCCGAGGUUGCUCCUCACGUCAAAUCCCUCUUCCAAGGUCUCGAUGUCACGAUUUUCGCGUAUGGCGUCACCGGCACCGGAAAGACGCACACGAUGCGCGGUGGCCUUCGACUGGCAGAACGCGGCGUGAUCCCUCGUCUGUUGUCAGCCGUGUUCCGCCGCGGCAAGAAGAUUAUGAAGGACUCGGACGGCGAAACUACGGUUGACGUGGCGCUGUCAUACUACGAAAUUUACAACGACAAGGUCUUUGACUUGCUCGAGCCCCCAGAGAAGCGAACCCCGUCAGGCUUGCCUCUGCGCGAGGCCAACAACAAAACCUACGUCGUUGGCUUGUCUGAGCGUCAAUGCGUUGACCUCAAGGACUUUGAAAACCUCUACAUCGAGGCAAACAACAAUCGUGUCACGGCAGCUACUAAAUUGAACGCUCAUAGCAGUCGCAGUCAUGCUAUUCUUCGCGUCAAGGUCACCCAAACCACUGGGGACACGGUCAAGGAGAGCACAGCCUCUGCCAUCGAUCUUGCCGGAUCAGAAGACAACCGGCGCACAGACAAUGGCAAGGAGCGCCUGGUGGAAUCUGCGGCAAUCAACAAGAGUCUGUUUGUUCUUUCGCAGUGUGUCGACGCCAUAUCUCGUGGCGAGAAGCGCAUCCCGUACCGAGAAUCCAAGAUGACACGUAUUUUGUCCUUGGGACAGAACAACGGCAUCACCAUCAUGAUCCUCAACCUUUCGCCCAUGCGUGCGUAUCAUCUCGAUACUCUUAGCAGUCUGAAUGUCAGCUCGCGUGCCAAACGAAUCGAGGUCCGUGAGAUCGAGAACGAGGUUGUCUACAAGCAGUUCCCUCGUACCAACUCUGGUGGCCCUGCCCUAGGGAGGCAGCCUUUGCGACCACUUGCCAAUGCCCACAACACGGCCGCCAUCUCCAAGCCCGGCUCUACCUCUGCUGCCGACAAGCCAGAGAAGGAGAAGCCUACAAAAUUGUUUAGCGUCUACAAAAGCCCAGCGCCUGCAAAGCCUCCCAAGCCCGCCGCGCUCGCCUUGACCAAGCCCACCACAGCCAACAUGUCGAUGCCUCGCGCGAAAGCAGCGCCUGUCAGCCCGACGAAGCGCAAGCCCGAAAAUACGGAAUCGAACCUCAGCAUCCCGCGCCCUUCAAAGCUGAUUCGCCCUACUCAGAUUGUCCCGAGGCAGCUGCUUGCCUCGACAGUGCCAUCGUUUCCGUCAAUGACCGCAGAGCAGAUUGAGGCCAUGGUUGAGCGCAAGGUCGCCGAGGUUCUCGCUGCGCGUGCGGCUGCCGAAACGCAAGCCGCACCUGCAGAACCUCCCAAGGAGAUCAGCGAGGCCGUUCAGAAACGACUGGACGAACUGGAGAGGAAAAUUGCCGACAGCAACCGUGACGACGAUGGGCCCCAGGGUCUUCGCCUCAUCUUGCAGGCUCGCCAAUGCAAGGAACAAGGCGAUGAGGAGGGUGCCCUCCACGCUUACGAGGAGGCAUUGCGCUUCUUCCCAGGGCAGGCCAAGCUUCUCCGCAAGAUCCAGAAGCAAAAGACGAUCCUAGGCAUUGUGGACGAUGAAGAACCGCAGGCGCGCGUAAAACCCGCCCGCGCGACAAGCACGGAUAGCGAUUUUCACGGUACCGACGGGGACGUGGACGACGAUGGCGACAGCCUCGCAGAGGAAAAGACGGCGCGCGCGCCACGCAAAAAGAAGCAGCCCCGUAGGGCUUUGGCGUCUGAUGCUGAAUGCCCGGAGCAUCUUACUCCUCGCAAGAAGCAGCUCCUCGACAUUGUCAACUCGCGCAACACCGAGUUGAUCAUGAGCCUGACAGGGUUCGGAGCCAAGAAGGCGCGCGAUUUGGUCGAGAACCUUGCGCUGCUUGCCGUGGAUGGUGACAGCGCACCGCAGAUUAGCAGCUUGGCGGAGCUGCGGGCAGUCCCUGGAAUGGGUGGGCGAACCGUGGACAGGGCCUACGAGGGGCUUGCAUCCGAGACUGUCACGGCGUAAAGCUUUUGCUACAUCGGUCUUUGAAUAUGGGAGUUUGGCAUGGUCAUCUCAAUUGCAUUGGCGAGGCGUUUAUUGGGCAGCAUUUUUUAUUUCUGCUGCGUAUUGCUAUUUUAUACUAUUUAUUCACUUUGCGUUAUUCCCCUUGCACUCGAAUGUGCAAUCGAUUCCUUUAUUUUUAUUCGCAUUCCUUAGCUGGCGAUAGAUGUGGUUAUGACAACAGGCUACGUGGCUAAUGGAUUAAUUUGCUUCUCUGGACUACUGCAAGCUCUUUUACGGGUUAUUACUAUUCAAAUCUCACAAUUCGAUGCCUUGGAGCUAUCCUACCUAAGGAUGUUUGGUGACGGGUUACGGGCGGGAUCAGAACUAGCCAAGCGAGAUUAAAUAUUGCCAUUCACAACGAGGGAUCGCGCCUUCCAU